AGUGUGCGUUAGGCUGCAGCAGCACCCACACCGCGCUCAGGAUACCUCGGACUGAGAGAUUCACACACAGGUAUCCAGGUCAGACGACCGGACCUGGAAUAAAGGCUGCAACAUGCGCUCUCCACCGCGCGCUGCGUUCCAGCCUCUCAGCCUCAGCGCACCUGGCACGUCGCUCAGCGGCUCAGCAGCUUUAAGGCGAUCAAUUCUCUUUUUUUCUGUCUGUUUUGCACUCCACAUCAGGCUGGACACAAAGUGGAACAUUUUCUUUGUGACCACAUUUGGUCACAAAGUGGAAAUAUAUUGCAAAGGUUCAGGGAUAAAGAUCAUCUCUCGGACAACACGGUGAAUGGCUGAUGACAACUAUGCACGGAGGAGCUAUGAUGGACUGCAGUUUUACCUGAAGAGGCACUCUCACAUGGAGAACCCAGCCAAGUAUCUCUCAUCGGUGCAGCAGGAGAGCAGUGACUCUGCACCGGCUGCACACCUUGGAGAGACUAUGUGGAACACAACUGAAACAGAGGCGACAAAAGACUCUGGUAAGGAUCUGGUGUCUCGCACUGUGACUGGAUGUCUCCUCUCUCUCCUCAUCCUCUGGACUCUGCUGGGCAACAUCCUGGUCUGCACCGCGGUGCUGCGCUUUCGCCACCUGCGCACCAAAGUCACCAACAUUUUCAUCGUCUCCUUGGCACUAUCGGAUCUAUUCGUGGCCGUGCUGGUGAUGCCCUGGAAAGCUGUUGCAGAGGUUGCAGGAUACUGGCCUUUUGGAUCUUUCUGCAACAUCUGGGUUGCUUUUGACAUCAUGUGCUCCACAGCCUCCAUCCUAAACCUGUGCAUCAUCAGCGUAGACAGAUACUGGGCCAUCUCCAGCCCCUUCCGCUACGAGAGGAAAAUGACACAGAGAGUUGCUUUUGUUAUGAUCAGCGUCACUUGGACGUUGUCUGUGCUCAUUUCGUUCAUACCGGUGCAGCUGAACUGGCACAAAGCCACUGGUGACGCGGACGCAGCAGCUGGGACGAACAACUCUUCUCUGCCGAUAGUAGAGAACUGCGACUCCAGUUUAAGCAGAGAGUACGCCAUCUCCUCCUCUUUGAUAAGUUUCUACAUCCCCGUGGCGAUUAUGAUUGUGACUUACACCAGAAUAUACCGGAUUGCACAGAUACAGAUCAGGAGAAUCGCGUCGCUGGAGAGAGCGGCGGAACACGCGCAAAGUUGCCGCACGAACAGGAUCGAGUGCCAACAUCAUAACACCUUGAAAACGUCCAUUAGACGGGAAACCAAAGUGUUUAAAACUCUCUCUGUGAUCAUGGGUGUGUUCGUGUGUUGCUGGCUACCUUUCUUCGUGUUAAACUGCAUGGUGCCGUUCUGUGACAGACCGGCUACGGAUCGUGACGCGGGUCUGCCGUGUGUCAGCGAGACGACGUUCGACGUGUUCGUGUGGUUCGGCUGGACGAACUCCUCGCUGAAUCCUGUCAUCUACGCCUUUAACGCAGAGUUCAGGAAGGCCUUUGCCAGCCUGUUGGGUUGCCGCAACUUCUGCUCCAACACGCCGGUAGAGACGGUCAACAUCAGCAACGAGUUGGUCUCCUACAAUCAAGACACGCUCAUCCACAAGGAGAUCGCCAACGCGUACGUCAACAUGAUCCCCAACGUGGUUGAAUGUAUCGAGCACGAAGAGACGUUUGACAGGAUUUCGCAGUUUUCACACAACAACGACGAGAACGCCACCGACUCGGUUUGUGACUUGGAGGACUGCGAGGCAGACAUCAGUCUCGACAGGAUGUCACCGUUCACACCUAAUGGAUUACACUGACUCUCCAAACUUUUUUGUGUCUUCCCGUUGCGUAAUUUUGGAUGUAUACUGAUUAUUAGGGGUGUGACGAUUCACUCAGCUCACGAUACGAUACACGAUAUUGGGUUCACGAUCUCGGUACAAUACGAUAUUAUAACGUGCUGUUAGCCGUCGAGCCAACACGCGUAAUUUUGGAUGUAUACUGAUUAGGGGUGAGAUGAUUCACUCGGCUCACGAUACGAUACGAUACACGAUAUUGGGUUCACGAUAUUAUAACGCGCUGUUAGCCGCCGGGCCAACGCGCUGUUAGCCGCCAAGCCAACGAGCCAACGAGCCAACGAGCCAACGAGCCAACGAGCCAAUGAGCCAACGAGCCAACGAGCCAACGAGCCAAUGAGCCAACGUGCUUCAUUUUGGAUGUAUACUGAUUAGGGGUGUGAUGAUUCACUCAGCUCACGAUACGAUACGAUACACGAUAUUGGGUUCACAAUCUCGAUACAAAACGAUAUUAUAAUGCGCUGUUAGCCGCCGAGCCAAUGCAGUUAGCCGCUGAGCCAACGCGCUGUUAGCCGCCGGGCCAACGUGCGUAAUUUGGAUGUAUACUGAUUAGGGGUGUGACGAUUCACUCAGCUCACGAUACGAUACGAUACACGAUAUUGUGUUCACGAUCUCGAUACAAUACGAUAUUAUAACGCGCUGUUAGCCGCCGAGCCAACACGCUAACGCGCU